AUGUAAACUGCUUCUACAAACAUUGAGAAAGACUGUGCAAUAAGUCCAUCAGUGAAAUUUCCUUGCUACUAAAUAUUCCACAGUCAGCUGUUAGUGGUAUUAUAACAAAGUGGAAGCAACUGGGAGCAAUAGCAACUCAUCCACAAAGUGGUAGGCCACGUAAAAUGACAGAGCGGGUCAGAGCAUGCUGAAGCGUACAGUGCGCAGAAGUCGCCAACUGUCUAUAGAGUCAAUAGCUAAAGACCUGCAAACUUCGUGUGGCCUUCAGAUUAGCAGAACAAUAGUACAGAGAGAGCAUCAUCAGAAUGGGUUUUCAUGGCCUAGCAGCUGCAUCCAAGCCUUACAUCACCAAGUGCAAUGCAAAGUGCCGGAUGCAGUGAUGUAAAGUAAGCCAACACUGAACUCUAG